AAAAUUAAACCCAAAUACCAAAAAAAAAAUGACGCUUGACUUACAAGCUUGAGAAACAAAACCCUAGCAAUUCAAAUAAUCUCAAACCAAACUCACAUUUCAAUCAAUGAAUUCGGAUAGAGCAAUGUCUACUGUUUCACCAGCAUCGACGACAAAUGAUGAUAUUGCAAAUGGAUUUCAAAAUUUGGGGAUUUCAAUUUCAAAUGUUAACGACCUGCAGAUCACUUGCUUCUCUGACGUCUUCAAUGACACUACCCUUCAUUUUCAGAUCAUUCGUCUUCCCAAACAGAUAUAUGCAUGGAUUGGUUGUGACUCUGCCAAAUUUGGUCAUUUAUAUGCUGCUGCACCUACAAGACCAAACAACACAGUCAGUGUAAGCUCCCUUCUUGGUGGUAACUCUGACAAUACAGGAUCUGGCAUUGCUCGUAGAAUAGUUAUUAAGACUGGAGUUCCUUUAACAUUGGCUUGCAACAUUCCAAAAGAUAGUCCCAUGCUUGAGGCUGCAGCUGAAAAGAAGCUAGUUCAGAAGCUAAAUGCUCUGGGUUACACAAAGUCCAAACAUCAAGAAUUAUAUUCAUAGAAAAAGUGAUGAAUCAAUCUACUGUUUGAGGGCGUGAAGUGGGAUCUAAACAUCAAUCAUGAGGUGAUAUAUAACCAUUGGAUAUAAAAACCCUAAUUUGUUGGAUUUUACUUUUAAGUAGAAAUUUGGUGUGCAUUGAAGUGGGAUCUAUAUAUACGGAAAUUGAAUUUUUUGUCACCCAAGGAGAUGUACACAAGCCUAUCAAACUAUAUUCAUAUCUUUUUCAUAUUGCAUAAUAUUUUAAUAUAA